GUGGGUUCCUAUGACGCCGCUUACAGCUAACUCUGUAGACUUCCAUAUAUGAAUCAUGAUUGCAUCUUCGUUUUUCGUUGAGUGCAAAGAAAAGCACAAUCCAUUCGUUUAAUCUAAUAUUCGCUUGUUACUACUUCAGGAUGUAUGCAAUUGCGCCCCCCUCUACGCCCCAGGACACAGAGGCUGAGACGGCCGUCGAAGACACCGCCGAACCAGUGCUGCAACUCGCCCGAACAUUCUCUCUGACUCGUACAUUCUCCGCGCUCUCAACCAACAUCAACCCAUUCCUCGCCCAAGACUCCCACCUUGACCCGAAAUCCCCAGACUUCGAGCCUGAAUCAUGGGUCAAGGCCUUGCUUCACACUUUCUCCAAAGACCCAAGCAAGCAUCCGCGGUAUACAGCUGGUGUAUCCUGGCGAAAUCUCAGUGUGCAUGGGUUCAGCGAUCCAACCGAGUUCCAGAAAGAUGUGCUUAAUGUUAUCUGGAGAAGUCCCCUUGCUGCGUUGAAUUGGUUUGCGAAGAGGAAGCAGAAGGUCAAGAUUAUCUCUGAUUUUGAUGGCUUGGUCAAGAGCGGAGAGUUGCUUCUUGUGCUAGGUCGUCCGGGGAGUGGUGUUUCUACACUUCUCAAAACGAUCGCUGGGCAUACUCACGGCUUACACCUCGACGACUCAUCCGAGUUCAACUACCAAGGCAUCCCCUGGGAUCUAAUGCAUCGCAACUUCCGUGGAGAAGUAAUCUACCAAGCCGAAACAGACAUCCAUUUCCCCCAACUAACCGUCGGUGACACCCUGCUCUUCGCCGCCCUCGCCCGCACACCCCAACACAUCAUCGCCAACAUAUCCCGUCACGUCUACGCCGAACACAUGAGAGACGCCGUAAUGGCCAUGUUUGGUAUCUCCAACACGCUCAACACCAAGGUUGGCGAUGACUUUAUCAGAGGCGUUAGUGGCGGUGAGAGAAAGCGUGUUAGUAUUGCAGAAGCGAUUCUGAAUCAGAGCGCCAUUCAAUGUUGGGACAAUAGCACGAGGGGGUUGGAUAGUGCCACGGCGCUGGAGUUUGUGAGGAAGUUGAGGCUUGGGACGAAGCUUGGUGGUGCUAGUGCGGUUGUUGCGAUGUAUCAGGCUAGCCAGGCAGCGUACGAUGCAAAAUUUGACAAGGUCCUCCUCCUCUACGAAGGCCGCCAGAUCUUCUUCGGCCCAACAAGCGAAGCGACACAAUACUUUACCGCCAUGGGUUUCGAAUGUCCUCCCCGCCAAACGACUGCCGACUUCCUAACAUCCCUCACAAACCCUGACGAACGCAUCGUGAGACCUGGUUUUGAGAAUAAGGUCCCCCGCAGUCCCGAUGAAUUCGCCGAUGAGUGGAGAAUGAGCCAACACAGGUCAUCACUUCUCAGUGACAUCGCUGCGUUUGAGAUCCAGUAUCCUCUCGACGGGAAACAAGUUGAGACGCUGAAGGGUAUCAGAAGAGCUCAGAAGGCUAAGUUCACAUCUGACAAGAGCCCUUUUACAAUCUCGAUCCCAAUGCAGAUCCAUUUAUGUAUUGGUCGAGGUGUUAAGAGACUUCUCGGUGACAAGACCUUUUUCGUUGUUACUAUUGCAGUCAACUUUGUCAUGUCACUUGUUCUUGGUAGUGUUUAUUUCGACUUACCCAGCACUGCUGACGCUAUGAACCGACGAGCCUCGGUGAUUUUCUUCGCUAUUCUAUUCAACGGCCUUAGCAGUGCUCUGGAAAUCCUGGCUCUCUAUGUCCAGCGACCGAUUGUCGAGAAACAUGCAAGAUAUGCCCUAUAUCGACCUCUUUCCGAGUCUGUCUCUUCCAUCAUCUGCGAUUUACCGUCCAAGAUAAUCUCAACUCUCGCUUUCAACAUUCCGCUCUACUUUAUGGUGCACCUCCGUCGCGAUGCCUCGGCUUUCUUUAUUUUUCUCCUCUUCGGCUUUACCACUACGAUGACUAUGUCAAUGAUCCUUCGCACCAUCGCCCAGUCCUCCAAGACGGUCCAUCAAGCCCUCGUCCCCGCUGCCAUCUUCAUAAUAGGCUUGGUCAUCUAUGCUGGAUUCGUCUUACCUAUUCGUAGUAUGAAGGGCUGGCUCAGGUGGAUCAACUAUGUCAACCCGAUCGCUUACGCUUACGAAUCUUUGGUCGCCAACGAGUUCUCCGGUAGGUCUUUUGGAUGUCAGACAAUGAUACCGUCUGGUCCGGGGUACGAAGAUAUUGAGCCGAUGCAGAGAACCUGUUCUGUUGCUGGUGCUCUGCCAGGCCGGGAUUUCAUAGACGGUGAUUUCUUUAUGGGGACUGUUUAUAAGUACCACUACUCGCAUCUAUGGAGGAACUUUGGCAUCCUCAUCGCUUUCAUCAUCUUCUUUACCUUUACGUAUCUCUUUGCGGCGGAGUACUUCUCGUCCGAAGCAUCCAAGGGUGAGGUUCUCGUAUUUCGCAAAGUCAAGAAAUCUCGGCAUCCAGAGACCUCCGACGAAGAAGCCGUCAAGUCCGAAUUUCAGCCUGCGCAAGUAGUGAAUGAUGACAUGGAUCACGUUCCGACUGAGAAGCCACCGAGCUCCUCUACAUUCUGCUGGAGAAAUGUGUGCUAUGAUGUUAAAGUCAAGGGCGAAACACGCCGCAUUCUCUCAGACGUUAAUGGCUGGGUUCAGCCCGGAAAGCUGACGGCUUUGAUGGGUGCCACCGGAGCCGGAAAGACCACGCUUCUCGACGUUUUAGCCGAUCGCGUUACUGUGGGUGUCAUCACGGGCGACAUACUUGUCAAUGGACUACCGCGUGGCAAGUCAUUCCAGAGAACCACCGGAUACGUACAGCAGCAGGACAUUCACCUCGAGACGUCUACUGUGAGAGAGGCGCUUCGAUUCAGCGCAGCUCUCCGGCAACCGUCUUCUGUUUGCAUGCAAGACAAGAUAGACUACGUUGAAGAGGUGAUCAGCCUGUUGGAGAUGGGUUCAUAUGCAGAUGCUGUCAUAGGAGUUUCGGGUAAAGGUCUAAACGUAGAGCAAAGGAAGCGCCUUUCCAUCGGUGUCGAGCUAGUCGCCAAACCCGAAGCCCUUAUCUUUCUUGACGAACCAACCUCUGGGCUCGACAGUCAAACAGCAUGGGCAAUCGUGUCUCUCCUCAAGAAGCUCGCAAACCACGGUCUGGCUAUCCUGUGUACCAUUCACCAGCCAUCCGGCAUCAUCUUUCAGCAAUUUGACCGACUUUUACUUCUGGCGAAAGGUGGCAGGACUGUUUACUUUGGCGAUAUUGGUGAGAAUGCCACUGCCUUGACGGGAUACUUUGAGAGACAUGAUGCUGUUCAGUGCCGACCGGAAGAAAAUCCCGCUGAGUGGAUGCUCCACGUUAUCGGUGCUGCACCGGGUGCUCAUACGAAUCGUGACUGGGUCGAGACCUGGAAGGCGAGUUCUGAGUUCCACGGUGUUCAGAAGGAGCUUGACAGCCUGGCCCAGUCGAGACACGUUACUAGCGAAGCAGACACACAGGAUACCUCUUACGCUGCUUCGGUUUCACAGCAGUUCCUGGCUUGCACUCAGCGCGUUGCCCAGCAAUACUGGCGAACGCCAACCUACAUCUACUCCAAGCUCUCCCUUUGUUUCAUCACGAGUCUCUUUAUCGGCCUCUCUUUCCAAAACUCCCCACUAUCCCUCCAGGGUCUCCAGAACCAACUCUUCUCGAUCUUCAUGCUCCUCGUGAUCUUUGCAUUCCUAAUCUACCAAACAAUGCCAGGCUUCGUCACCCAACGAACACUCUACGAAGGUCGCGAAAGAUCUUCAAAGACAUAUGCUUGGUACAAUCUCAUUCUCGCCAACACAGUCAUCGAAAUGGCUUGGAACUCUGUGGCAUCUUUGGCGAUCUACUUCCCGUUCUACUUCCUCGUUGGUAUGUAUGAUAAUGGUCGCAUCACGGAUACGCAGCAUGAGCGAGGGGCAUACAUGUUUCUCUUGACGUGGGCUUUUAUGGUGUAUGAGGGAACGUUUGCGCAUAUGUGUGUUGCUGGGGCGCCGACUGCUGAGGUUGGAGCGACGCUUGGGUUGUUCCUAUUCAUGAUGGCUCUUGUCUUCUGCGGUGUCCUCGUACCAUACGCGAGCCUCCCUGGAUUCUGGACCUUGAUGUAUCGCGUCUCUCCCUUGACCUACCUCAUCGGUGCCAUGAUCUCAAAUGGCGUUGGCAAGCAAGAGUUAACAUGCUCAGAGAUCGAGUUUCUACAAUUCCAGACGCCAGCAAAUCUCACUUGCGGCGAGUAUGUUGGCCAAUUUGUGCAAGCGGUCGGAGGCGCUCUGUCCAACCCAGGGUCGAACCAGACGUGCCUUUACUGUCCGAUUGCUUCGACUGAUACAUACCUUACAACUCUGAGUAUUCUCUACAGUGAGAGAUGGAGAAACUUUGGUCUGCUGUGGGCUUUUAUUGUGUUCGAUAUCAUUGCAGCGUUAGCAGCAUAUUGGUUGAUCAGGGUCCCUAAGAAGGGAACACGAUUAUUGUUUUGGAAGAAGUAG